GUAAAUCAAAAUUGAUGAAGUUGGUCUUGUAGGUUUCAAGCAAAGUUUUCACAUAAAACUACGCGCGUUUCAGUUGGUUUCAGGUAGUUUUUGGAUUUUCGUUAUUUUCGCCAACACGUGUCGCGUCUGGCAACUACUGUCCUGGCGCGUUUUUGCGGGUGUUUGCGCGCUUUUUGUGGCUUGAGGGAAACAACUCCUCGUUGGCGGGCUAGGAAAUGCUGAAGUGGCGGGAAUGUUGAGGAUAUCGCCAUACGAUGGAAGCAAAGAAACAAACGCCAUUGACACGCUUUUACAACGCGAGAAAACUUGGAUCGGACGCUCUCGCCAAAGGGCUCGUGACACCGAAAUCUGGGUACAAGAUCUCGGACGAGGUGAGCUCAGAGGGCUUUGUUUCUCUGCCUUCAAAGCGUCGACGUCGCGAUGGUUCUUCACUGAACAAAACACCUACCUCGUCCUUGGUGUACCGUGGCACUGCGAGACAGAUCGGUCAUUGUCCUGUACGCAGACAGUUGAGACUUCAGGAUGCACUUAAAGGGCAUUCAAACUCGUCUGCAAACGCCUCUCGUACUCAGAAGCUUGGAGAUACUCGCGGAGAAACCUUUGGCAACUUCGUUGCACCACAAGACUCACGGAAUAUAAUGAAACUCAUCGACCCUGAUGCCUUGAAAAAGCUGACCACUUCUAGCCGCCUAAAGGAAGUCCAGGCUCAACUGAAGACUAUUGACCAAGCUCGGGCGGGCCUAACCGAGGCCAAACUGAAGUCCACUGCAAAGGGAACCGGGUUCAAAACCGUCGAGGAGGAACAGCCUGCCUAUGAGCGCUAUCAUCAUUUGACUGAGCCCUGCACACCAAGCCUAACCCUCCCUUUCAGCUACAAGCAGCUGGCAGAACAGUUUCGUUGUUGCGAUACCAUUGUCAGCAUGAUGUUCAACCGUAAAGAAGUAUGCACUUUCGACAAGCUGAAGCCAUCUGUCGAGGUCAUGUCCAAGAAGCGCUUCAGCAAGGAUGUCCUGGGGCAGAUAAAGACCAUUUACCCCGAGUCAUACCUUCUGACCCAAGAGAAACUGUCUCGGCCUGGUGUCACCAGCAAGACCUACCAACUGGUAAUAACGCCCGAAUUUUCCGCCAAGCUAAACAUCGACGAUGCCCCUGGGACAAUGAGUGCCGCCUGCCUUCUCCAACGUAGGAACCACUUCCACUCCCUUCUGUUGUCGCGAGUCAAGCAGCACCAUAGCGAGUAUCUCACCACUCUGGAUCCACCCGUGGGCAUCCCAGCGGAAGACAUUAUGCGCUGGCAUCCGAGAUUUCCCCUAGACAGCAUUGCAGCCAUUCAGGCAGCUCCACUGCCCGAGUCGCCUCUGGAAAUGAAGUGCUCUUCGGCACAAGACAUUCUGAACAGGGUGAAGGGAAAACUGAACAAACGCAUUGAGUGUGCUCUUGAAAGCCUCGUGCAAAAGCAAGGAACUGUCGUCGCUGCCACGCCACUUUCUUCAGUCGACAGAGGUGCCCGCGAGUGUUUAAAGGGAGUCUCUCAGGACUUGCUUGCCCGCAUCAGAGAGCGCGAGUCAUUCAAGCUCGUCCAAAAAAUGACCCUGCGGCCAGAGCAUGAGAAAGAGCGAACCGAGCUAUUGAACCUUCGCGAAUUCAUCCGAAUUACGCGUUCGCUUUUUCUGGCUGAACAGAAGGCGGCCAUUCCGAGGGAUGAGCUCGUGUGCAAGGUGAAAGAGAGCUUCUCGUGUGUGCUCGCUGUUGAUGAAGUGGAAGCCUUAGUGCAGCUGGCAUCGAGAGUUAUGCCAGAUUGGUUCAAAGUCCUUUCGAUUAAGCGGGGAGUGUUUGUGAAGAUUGUGAAGGAGAAGGAUGCUAAUGAACUGGUGGCUAGGAUCACUAGCAAGCUGCGAGAAUAGGGUUUGGUUUUAAUCUUGAUUUGUGGAAGUCUUUUAGUAGGCGUUUGCCAUUAUUUUAAGUAUGGAGGACGUUGCUCUUUUUGGUAAAGGAUUUUAACUUCUGGGUCUGACUAUUUUUUUUUAUCAGCUGUCAUAUUUAAAAAAAAAUUAUUAUUAGACUACUAUUUUGGGUGCCACUUAGUCGCCUUUUCUUCUAAUAUGUAUGGGGUGUCUGAAAGUGUUUCAAACUUAAAAUUGCAGGCAAAAAAAAGAGGAAGACAUAUUUUGCAUUUCUUUGUGGGAUGGCUUUCAGUGGCGAUGGAGUCUUUUUAAAAUUUGAAAUUCAAAUUCCUCAAGAAGCAAGUAACUGGACACAUUGCUGUGGCUGGUGCAUAUGUGUACAUGAUUGAUGAGUUGUCAUCCUGUCAAAGAAAACAUUUCUUUCUUUCAUCUUUGGAUUUGGCAGUCUAGCAAAAUAAUUGUACUGUGACUUGUCAAAAGUUUUUGUUUUCAUGUAACCUUCAGUUGGAAACUUGUUUUUCUGAUGACCCUUAUUUGGUCUGUGUAAGAUGUCUGUUUGCAUAACGUUUUUAGGCUUCAAGGUCGCCUGUUCUGACAAAAACUUUUAAUGCCUUUUUGAAAGAAAAAAAAAGCAUAAUGAAUUAGAGGGACUCAUGAUGUGCUAUACUUUAUAUGUGCUUUUAGGGCUGCUCUCUACGCUUGUGUAGGUUCUGGUGUGUACUUUUCGGCUGUUGCUCUUCUAUCAGUUGCAUGCUGAAGUAAGAUUUGUUUCGCUUCCUCUGGACUUUCUUCCAUUUUCUUAAUUUCUCGCGCAUACUUUCUGGUUGCAUAUUGUGUGUCAAAACAUUUGGAACAGUGUUGGGAAUUACAUUUCUGCAUCUGCAAAGCACCAGCAGUGCAGCAUUCAGAUUAGUGUGCUUUUGUAAAGAGAAUUUUAAUUCUAAUAUGUUAUUCUGUUAGGACAGGUUACUUGUAAAUGUCUACAGAAUCUUAGGUGACUUUGCUGCAUGUGCUGUGUAAAAAGUGUAUCACGUUGAGAAAAUUUAUGAAAGAACAUAUUGAAUA